AUGGAUGCAAUAUAUUUAGGGUUGUUUGGUGUAGUUAUUGGGUUUGUGCUAUGGUGGUGGAAUGAAUAUUGGUAUGUUAUUCCUCUCAAAUUCAAGUGCUUAAAUUCUUCAACAAAAUUGCCACCUGGUCAUAUGGGUUUACCUUUCAUUGGAGAAACGAUUACUUUUCUUUGGUACUUUAAAAUUGUUCGACGUCCAGAUGAUUUCAUUAACGCCAAGAGACGCAAAUAUGGCGAUGGAGUGGACAUGUUUAGAACACACCUAUUUGGAGCACCUUCUAUCAUAGUAUACACUCCUGCUGUUAACAAAUUUGUGCUAUUUUCAGACAGCAACUUCAAACAAGAAUGGCCAACUGUUGAACUUAUGGGUGUAACUUCAAUGGUGGCUGUCCAUGGUAAGGCUCAUACACGGGUCCGUAAAUUUGUCACCAAUGCUAUCAAUCGGCCCGACACCCUAAGCCGCAUUGCGGCUCUUGUUCAGCCUCAUAUAGUUACUUCUCUACGAUCUUGGGCUGAGAUGGGGAAGAUCAAAGCAAAAGUUGAAACUCAAAAGGUAUUUAACAAUUGA